UGCCUGCUUUCAAUGUCAUCAAUGGUGGAUCACAUGCAGGAAACAAACUUGAUAUGCAGGAAUUUAUGAUUCUUCCUGUUGGAGCAUCCACUUUUAAGGAGGCCAUGAAGAUGGGUGUGGAAGUAUUUCACCACUUGAAGGCUGUGAUCAAGAAGAAAUAUGGUCAGGAUGCAACAAAUGUUGGUGAUGAAGUUGGCUUUGCUCCAAAUAUUCAGGAGAACAAAGAGGGCCGUGAGUUGCUUAAGACAGCCAUUGCUAAAGCUGGUUACACAGGCAAAGUUGUUAUUGGAACAGAUGUUGCUGCAUCUGAAUUUUACGGAGCAGACGAGAUCUAUGAUCUGAACUUCAAAGAAGAGAAAAAUGAUGGAUCACAGAAGAUUUCGGGGGCUCAGCUUAUAGAGAUGUGCAAGUCAUCUAAACUUCUAAUCUAA